UCUGCGUAAUUAGAAUAUAGAAUGGACGGAGGACUGAAUGAAGAGAACGCUACUUCAGUUCCAAUCACCUGUUGCACGAUUAUGACAUCUAUCUUCUGGAGCGAGACCUUUUUGGUCAAAGAUUCCUCAACAUUCUUCACAAUAUUUUCAACUGAGCUGCGGGCGUCGGAGAGCACCGGGAGGAGGUGGUCCAUGCUAGAGCGAGAUGAGGAGCCUGAGAUGAUCAGCAUCAGAGACAUCACCCAGCAAAAGGAUGACUCAGACACUGAGGACUAUGUCUCCCAGGUGCUCAUGGGUGCGCUGCUGGAGAACUUCCUGUUCAAAUUACUCAUCAUCGUCAUGAUUGUCAGCAACUGCAUCAUUAUGGCCUUCCAAACUGAUGCUAUCAUUGCCAAGAAGUAUGACAUUGCGUUCAGCAUCUGUGAGCAUAUUAUCCUCACCGUCUUCAUCUGGGAGAUCCUGGUCAAGUGGUACUACGGCUUCAACAUCUUCUGGAAGAAUGGCUGGAAUGUCCUGGACUGUUUGGUCACUCUGGCUCUGAUGCUUGGACCCCUGAUCUUUCCCCAGGGUGGGGACAGUUUGCUAAAGGUCAUCAGGGUGUUGAGGGUAAUCCGUAGUAUCAGGGGUUUUGCCUCCAUGCAGGGUAUGGCUAUGAUGGUCACCGUCAUUAUGCAGUCCAUUCCAGACAUGGCCAACAUCUUCUUCCUCCUCCUCAUCAUCAUGCUUGUGUUUGCGGUGUUCGGCGUGACCCUGUUCAGUGCUGCUGUCCCAUCAGCCUUUGGGGACCUGUUCUCAGCCCUCUACACCCUCUUCAUCUGCAUCACCCAGGACGGAUGGAUGGACAUCUACAGGGAGUUUAAGGCUGAUGAGGGGCUGAUGUACGGAGCUUCUCUCUACUUUUUCAUCUUCCUCACUGGCGGAGCCUUCAUCUUCGCCAACCUUCUCGUUGCCGUGGUAACCACCAACCUUGAGAUCUCCAUGCCCGACUAUGAUGAAAAGAAUUCGAACGAGUGUUCGCCGGCGGCGCUGAUUCCAGAGGACACGGGAGGCUUGGCGGAACAGAGCACCAUCCACGUGGAGGAGGUGGUGACCAAGUCCAACAUGACCCGGCGCCAGAAGCCCUGGAAGGCGAGCUGUCUAGAGAACCUGACCAUGGACACCUUCGAGGAGCUGGCCCUUGUCACAGCUGCUAUGCAGAAGAAUAUGGCUGCCUACAGGGAGAUAAGACAAGAGAUGGACAGUAUAGUGGAGGAGGUGCACAGCCUGUCUUUCAACGUAAAGCAAGAGCAGGAGGUGAUGAUGAGGAACCAUAUGGCUGCAACCCUCCAGGACAACCUAUUGAAUAAUGAUAUCGCCACAGGCCGCACCGGAGACAUACUGUCCACCCUCAUCACCCUGGAGAAGGCUCAUGUCAUAGACUCGAACACAGCAUCUGCUCACCUGUUCCAGAAGGGGAACAUGCGUCACACAGCCAUGAGGCUGUCCAUGGACAGCCCGAUGUACUACCAGUCUACUUCUACACAUAUGGAUGCGGGACACAGUAACACUCCCAGCACACACCACAACACAGGCUGAACAUACUUUUAACAGGAAUUUCUUCAUGUCCCAAAUCAUUUGGCUUUACUGAUUAGCUGAAAUGGUCUCAAAGAUAAUGAUAGAUUAACUGGCUAAAUCACUCAGGCUUGCUGCACACAUUUCCACAUGCAGAUCAAUAUUAACCAUGUAAUGUGACAUCAAGGAAGAGUUAGUUUCUUGAUAAAAAAAAGGACUGGUGACUGAGGUAAAUGAUCAUAAAGGUUUCACAAAGUGUCUAAAAGUAUAUACCAAAAGGGUUGAACUUGGAGUCUAUUAAAAGCAUCUUUAUAAAUACUGUUUUAUUUUUAGGUAUAACACUUAACAUGUAUUGCACAGAUGUCUAAAUAAAAAUGAUAUGUGUUUGAAAAACAUUCCAGUACAAAGCUUAUGAAAAAUGUAUUUUCCACAUUUAUUACCGAAUAAAAAAAGUCAAUCCCA